AUGGGCAAAAAAAAACUUAGUACACGGAAUGCUAAGUGGUUGGAAUUUCUCCAAUCAUUCCAUUUCUCAUCAAAGUACAAAGAUGGGAAAAACAACGUGGUGGUUGACGCGUUGUCUAAACGAUACAAUUUGUUGGCUACUUUUGAUGAUUGUUUGUUGGGAUUUGAAACCCUCAAGGAUUAUUAUGCAUCUAAUCCAGAUUUUGGAGAAAACUUUUUAAAAUUUGCAGGUGGUCCCAUUGGGGAAUACAUGGUGCAUAGUGUAUUUUUAUUUAAGGGCAAUCGUCUUUGUGUGCGUAAACAUGCCAUAAGGGAGUUGUUGAGUCGAGAAGCAUAUGGUGGUGGUUUGGCGGGGCACUUCAAGGUGGCAAAAACAUUGGAGGUACUCCGUGAACAUUUCUUUUGGCCAAAGAUGAUGGGGGAUGUAACCAACAUAUUCACCAAGUGUGUGACGUGCCAUAUGACCAAGACUUCUAUAACAACAUAA